UUGACUUUAUAUAACCAUCACGCUGUUCAUUUGCCGGGGCAUGUCAAUGUAUGUCCGGAAACCUCCAACCGCGAUCUUUUCUGGCCAACCACGGGGCCGACAACAGCGUUGUCAGGCCUCGGUGGGCUUUCAAGUGGCGCUAGCAGUGGUUUCGUGAGCGCUGGGUCUCUGGCCUCAGCCUGGUCUUCUUCUGCCUCCACGAACCAGCUGAUUAGCGUGCAACCGCAGGUAUUUCCGUCAUCGGCGUGGCGACAUCAACAGCGCCAACAGCAGCUUCACUCCGACAAAUUCAGCAGUCCGACGACGAGACUAACCUCGCUCCAAAUUAGCCUCAGUGAAGGGGGCUCUCUGCUCGGCAGCGUAGCCUCUACCCAAUGUGAUCCCAUAGCCACUUAUAUUGGCCCAGGCAAGCCGAUAUCCGACCCAUUUGUUCCUUCCCCUUUUGUCAAACGAAUCGGUCGUAGUACGUCUCUUUCAACGGCAGCUACAUCGGUCACAUCAAAUCCAGAUUCCAGUUCGCCAACGCGCUAUCGAUACAGCAUGGCUAGAAAAUCAGCCUGCCUACCAGUCGGUUAUGAUUCAAUAGGUGUUUGCUCCACUUCCUCAGGUGGUUCCCAUAAGCCAGCCGUUUCCGAUGAACUUGUUCCUGCACUGGGGAAUUGGAGACAGUCAUCUUUAUCUUCAUUUUCUGCCGAUAUCGUACGUGGAGAUCCUCUAGGGCAUUCAGCUGGCUUCACAACCACUUCUACCACAGCCUUAAAUACGAGCAUCAAAGAUGCUACACUCUCUGCCCCUCCAAUCACUGCAUCUACCAAGUUUUCCAGCUUUUCAUCGACCAGCCCCACUACCUCUUCAUGUUCUUGGGCCACCGACAUUCCGCUGUCCUCUGCAAACAUUCCCACGGCGUCUGAUUGUUCAGGACCCCUUCAGCCAUUACGCGUUUAUACAGAUGGCUUGGAGCUUGGGACCGGAUCCACUCCGAUCGGGACGCUUUUGGGCCCUUUAGGUGACUUUCAUACGUGGAGAGAGACAGCCCAUUCACUUGGCGGACCACAAACGCAACCACAGCCGCAGCAACAUCAACAUCAACAUCAACAGCAACAGUCUUCAACUCGCAGGCACACCUUAGGCCCUGGCUGUCGGUCAGCACGGCAGCAUUCCUUCUGGCCGACCGAAUCGAACUCCGGUGCGAAGCCGGCUUCACUGAAUAUUCUGCCACUUACCUCAACUGCUCCGAGUCUACCACUUGAUGGUGAAAAGUCAUUUAGCCUAAAUCCGCUCAAGGUUGCCAACUCAAAGGGAAACAUCUUUCAGCAACGCAAGGAUCUGUUGGCUUUUGAGGUGGGUUAUGUAAUCAAGUUUUAUCUGCGUUUGAUUACCUUUUAA